UCCGCCUCUCUUCUCUUUCCAUCCUUCCUUCACCAAACCUGAAGCAAAACAAUCCUCUCUUCAUCUCUCCAUUCUCUUUCAUCCAUCCUCCACCAAACCUCUCUCUCUCUCUCUCUCCAAAGAGUGAGAUCUCACUCGCACUCCGAAGCAAAAAAAUAGAGGUCUGUGUGGAAUCUGUUGCCAUGGGAUCCGUUGAGAUGAUAUUGCGGUCACCACUAGAUAAACGCCUCAAUCAGCUCACGGAAGAGGACAUCCCUCCGCUGACCUUGUUACUCACUUGCUCCCACCGCAUCGGCUAAGGAAAUGAGUGCCGAUUUCCAGGUUUUUGUUUCAGCAGAUGAAUCGGUUUCGUAUCGGCGAAAAGACUCCCUGAAACUCGUGGUUCUCGGUGAUGUAUCGUGCCGUCUCCCAGUCGUCAACAAUGACACAAUUUCCCCUAGGAAGAACCUGCUUGUACCAUGCUACGUACUAUGGACAUUCCGUUUGUCUGCAAGCCAUUCUAGUUGCUGCUCAGUCAAUUGAUGUUGCAGAUUCUUUGAGGCUUCAUUUGGUGGCUCGAGGGGGCUCUUUGGAUUGUUUGCGUGAGUUGCUUUCAUGGGGAGCAAUCAGCUUCAAAGAGAUUCUUCUGGAUAAGAGUGUAUGUAACUCAUGGAAAAGAUAUAGUGAAUGAUGACGUUUGA